AUGCGCGAUGGGACGAGGUUGUUGAGUGGGAUCCGGCUGAUUGUGCAAAAGAACGCCAAAGACAAGGAUACCUUCACGCCCAAGGUGAUUUCGCUACCAAAGGACUCAUACGAAGACAUGGUCCGCGCCCUGAAGCUGCCUUUUAGAGGAAUUGAGACGACGUCUGUGGUUGGGCCGUUCUUUUGGAGUUCCUUUGAUCAGGACGACGAUGAUCCUCACUUGCAAAUCAUCCACCGCAAGUCCGACGUCCGCAAAAAAGGCAGGACCCGCGGCUGGGAAAUGAUGCUCUCGCACUCGUUCAAGACAAACAUCACCACGGGCUACAUCAAAGGCACGCCGUCAUCAGACGUCGUGUCCGCGCUGCAACACCUCCGCGCAUGUUCCGCACAGAUCGGCCACCCGAUGCUGCUCCCCAUCAUCAUCCUCUCGUACGACCUGUCCACGGCAAAUGACCAGAAGCAGCGCGACGCAAGAGACUGGCUGCGUCGUCUGGAGAACGCCGUCUCGCUGCGCAACGAAGUCGAGGAGCACGAGCGGUAUUUCCAGGACGGCCUGCUGGAAGUAGACGGCCUGAAUCGCGACCUCGUCGAAUGCCACGGCCACGUCAUGUGGAAGAGACCGCAGGCGUACUGGGCCGUGGCAGAGGAGAUGGAGAAGGCCAUGGGGCGCUACCGCGACAAGAUGACGGCUGUGCGCGAGGAAAAGCUGCGACUUGUCAACGGCGAAACAGAGAGCGCGGGGGAUGCCGAGAGGCGGCACCUCAAGGAGGUGGACAAGCUGCACCGCAGCAUGACGGCGAGACUAGAGUUCUACAAGGUCAAGCUGAAGGGCCUGGAGAAUUACAUCCACACCACGCUGGAGAGGUUGAAGGUGCAGCGGGAAGCGCGCGAGGCGAGACUGAACCUCGAAAUCGCCGGAGAGCAGCGCCGCAUCGCCCACGCCAGCAAACGCGACAGCACGGCCAUGAAGACCAUCUCGCUCAUGGGGACGCUCUUUCUGCCCGGCACGUAUCUCGCGUCUGUCUUCAGCAUGACGUUUUUCAAUUUCCAAGAAUAUCUGUGGAUCUACUUUGCCGUUACCAUCCCCAUCACUGCCGCCAUCGUCGCGAUAUGGGUGUGGUUCGAUCGCCGUCGCGAGGCACAGUAUGCCAAGGACGAUGAGGAUCUUGAGCAGAACAUUGACAAAAUGGAAAAGGAAAUCAUGUUUCAUUUGAGGAAGAGGACCAUGAGCAAGACGCAUACGUGGAAUUCGCUUAGUUCGCCGCCCCGGCCGUGA